AUGCGCAGAGUGCCGGCAGCGGGGCCGAGUGGUGUCAUGGCGGCGCUGGCGCGGCCGCUCCGYGGCGCCGUCGCCUCCCUGCGGGCGCUGCCGCCGCUGAGGGCGGCGAGGGGCGGCGCGGGCCGGAGCGGGGCUGGCACCGAGGUGCUUGGAAAAGGCUUCAAGAGGGGGGUUGUGCUGUCAGCAGGGUCYUUCCUGGUUUAUGAAGCCUACGGGCUGAUUUCCCGCUUUGCAGAGGUCCACGCCAGCUCCAAGGUAGAAGAAGUUGUAGAGCAAGCAGACUACCUGUAUGGGAGUGGAGAAACUGAAAAACUCUAUCACUUGCUGGUUCAACAUAAAACUAGCGAGGAUGCGGAGCUGCUGUGGCGGCUGGCCCGAGCAGCGCGUGAUCUAGCCCAGCUCAGCAGCACUUCGGCAGAGGAGAAGAAGCAGCUGGUUUACGAAGCCCUUGAGCAUGCAAAAAAGGCACUCGAGAAAAACGAAUCGAACUUUGCAGCACACAAGUGGUAUGCAAUUUGUAUCAGCGAUGUUGGAGAUUAUGAAGGAAUCAAGGCUAAAAUUGCUAAUGCCUUUGUUAUCAAAGAGCACUUCCAGAGAGCCAUUGAACUGAAUCCAAAAGAUGCUACAUCGAUUCAUCUUAUGGGCAUUUGGUGUUACUCCUUUGCUGACAUGCCGUGGUACCAAAGGAAAAUAGCUGCAGUGCUCUUUGCGACGCCUCCCACGUCCACAUACAGAGAGGCUCUUCGGUAUUUCCACAUGGCAGAAGAAGCUGAUCCCAAUUUCUACAGCAAGAACUUGCUCUAUUUGGGGAAGACGUACCUGAAGUUGAACAACAAAAAGAUGGCUCUCCUGUGGCUGAGCAAAGCCAGGGAAUAUCCUGCACAUACAGAGGAGGAUAAACAGGUACAGAAAGAAGCUCUGGAACUGCUUAAUUCUAUAUAACAAGCAACAAGACACUGGGAAGUCAGCACCUCAGGUGUGACCAGCAUAGGAAAACAAAAAGCAAACAAAGCAGAUUGCUACUUAUGUUCUCCUGGCUCCCUUUAAUAAAGAUAGAGCCUGAACUUAUCUUUCACUAAUUUGUUUUAUUACAUGUUCAUGUCUGUUGACAUACAUGGGAAUAAAGGGCUUCAUCGAUGAGUAGCUGGGAAGARACUGAGAGAUUCUGAGUUGGAUUUCUAUAUUUUUCAGCUGUAAGUUCCUAGGUAUAAAGAGUAAUAAGAAACAGAAAUAUUAAAUAAAAGAGGUGUAUGGCCAUUACUUGGCCAUUAAGCUGUAACUAAUUUCUGUAGCACUCUUUGCUGUGUGAUUCAGCUACCUUUGAUACUACUGUAAUGUACAUUAAUAGUUUUAGAUUGUGCAGCCUUAAGCAGAAGUCUGUAAAACACUAGCAACCUUAAUUCCUGUACACGGGACUGCAAGAAGGGCUGAGCAAAAAUGAGCAACCACAAAAGGUGAAGCAGGAACCCCCUGCACUUCCCUGCAAGAAGCAGCAUUUUGUGACAUUUGAUCAUGUUCUGCAUUUUGAAUGGAUCUGAAAUUCUGAGACUUUAGUGGCCAAACCAGGGCUGCUGGAAAUACACCCUUCUGCCACUAGCCCGUUAUGACCCCGGGAAUGCAUAUUCUGAAAACAUUAGGAAGACAGGGCUAAAACACUGAAACCAGUUAGGAGUAAAGCUUUUAAGAUAACGUCUAUCUUUUCCCCUGAUAUUUUAGCA